AAAUCAGCAAUUACAAUGAGUCUUACAGUUAUACCCUCACAUGCUAUAUUUCUUCCUCACUCUCCUUUCCUUAAACCCCUGCUUUUCCCUUCUACUACUUUCUCCUCUUCAAACGCGAAUCUCAGAAGAUCAGGAAGAAAGAGUUUACCUUUGCACUAUCAAAACCAAGGAGCGAGCGUGGAAUCUUUGGAUUUGAAGGUUCAACAUCCAGAAAUGAGUAAUAAUCUUUACCCGGAUAUAGAGCCAUACAAUACUGGCUAUUUGAAGGUUUCAGAUAUCCACACCCUUUUUUAUGAGCAGUCGGGAAAUCCAAGUGGAUAUCCAAUAGUUUUUAUCCAUGGAGGCCCAGGAGGUGGAACUUCACCUAGCAACCGAAAAUUUUUUGAUCCCGAGUUUUACAGGAUCAUUCUAUUUGAUCAGCGAGGUGCAGGCAAAAGUACACCGCAUGCAUGCUUGGUGGAGAACACGACAUGGAACCUUAUUGAGGACAUUGAAAAGCUAAGGGAACACUUAGAAAUUCCAGAAUGGCAGAUUUUUGGUGGUUCAUGGGGAAGCACUCUUGCUCUUGCCUACAGCCAAUCAUAUCCGGACAAGGUCACAGGCCUGGUCCUGAGAGGGAUUUUUCUGUUGCGCCAGAAAGAGAUAGACUGGUUUUAUGAAGGUGGUGCAGCUACAAUAUUCCCUGAUGCCUGGGAGCCAUUUAGAGAUCUCAUUCCCAAAAGUGAGAGGGGAUGUUUCAUUAAAGCCUAUCACAAGAGGUUAAACUCAGAUGACAAGGAAAUACAAUAUGCAGCUUCUAGGGCAUGGACAAAAUGGGAAAUGAUGACUGCCCAUCUUAUUCCAAAUGAAGUUACCUUAAAGAAAGGGGAUGACGAUGAAUUUUGCUUGGCAUUUGCAAGGAUUGAGAACCAUUACUUCAUGAACAAAGGAUUUUUUCCUUCAGACUCGUUCUUGUUAGAUAACAUUGACAAGAUAAAGCACAUCAACACUGUAAUUGUUCAGGUACAUGCUUCCUUUCUCCCAAUGUUUCAGGUUGUUCCAGAUGCUGGACAUUCUGCUAAUGAGUCGGGGAUAUCAGAUCAAUUGGUUGCUGCAACCAAUAAAUUGAAAGACAUCAUCAAGGAAAAGUGAAGCCAAAAUUUCUAGCCAUCUGUUUUAUCUUAGAUCCUACUAUAGUCUAUUUUCCAUUUAUUGAGUUUGUAAUCCAUGGCAAGAUAUCGACAACUUAUUAGGGGGGCAUCCUCUCAAUUCUGUUUCAUAAACGUGUUGAAGCUGCGUGUUCGAGUA